GGUACCCGACUACCCGUUGAGAACGCACUGGCGUUGCGUUGCUACUCUCUCUCAUUUGCCCAGUAGGCAAAGAAGCACAUAACCCCCUCCUCAGUGAGUCUUCACUGCGACGCUCACUGCGUCUCCUUCUUUCCCUCUCCCUCCCUCUCUCUCAACUCAGAAUUCCAACGCGUCGCUUUCCGAGCAUUCAUCCAUAGACUUUUUAGGGCUUCUCUUUAGCUGAUGCACUCAAACGUCUUUCCAACGGAUACUUGAUUCCUCUCUCUUUUUCUUUGAAAUGCGGUGGAGAUUCAUGGUGUCUUUUCUCGUUGGUGGGGAUCAGUCCUUACCGUUCUCAUCUCCCUGCAGAUGAUGGUGGCUUCCGGAAAACACACUGCCGAAGAUCACCAUAGCUCAGAUACAUCUCCAUCUCCUAAGCUCAUGGCGAAGACGCCAAUUUUCGGCCUAAAGCUGUACAUCGUUAUCGGAAUCUGCGUCGUGUGUGUCAUCGCCGUCAUUCUUGUGAUACUUCUCUCCGUCCGUCGAUGUCGAAACUCCAGGAAGCGACGAAAGCGUGCAAAGCAAACAGUAGGUUUAACUUCGAUGGUCUCUAAGGAGAUCAUAGAUAUUAAAGUUUCGGAUCCGAGUGAGGACGACAAGAUCGGCGACACAGAUAGGGAGGGGAAAGAGGAGAAACAAUCUGUCAAAGUGGACUCUAACAAGGCGAUUAAUGCCAGAAGUCGGAGCACAGAGAGCAACGCAUCUGGUGGGAGCCAGAGUUCGUCGUCGGGUGUUUCGGCCGAGAAUUCGAAUAUCGGGUGGGGCCGGUGGUAUGCUUUGAAAGAGCUGGAAAUCGCCACCGGUGGGUUCUCCAGCGACAAUGUCAUCGGAGAAGGCGGUUACGGAGUCGUUUUCAGAGGGGUUUUGCCUGACAGUUCAAUAGUUGCAGUGAAGAACCUUUUCAAUAACAAGGGUCAGGCAGAGAAGGAGUUCAAGGUUGAAGUUGAAGCCAUUGGGAAAGUAAGGCAUAAAAAUCUUGUAGGACUUGUUGGAUAUUGUGCAGAUGGUCCUCAGAGGAUGCUUGUAUACGAGUAUGUAGAUAAUGGCAAUUUGGAGCAAUGGUUGCAUGGUGAUGUUGGGCCAGUUAGUCCUUUGACAUGGGAUAUUCGCAUGAAAAUUGCCAUAGGAACAGCAAAAGGUUUAGCUUAUUUGCACGAAGGACUAGAACCAAAAGUUGUGCACCGUGAUAUCAAAUCCAGUAACAUUCUUCUGGAUAAGAAAUGGAACCCAAAAGUCUCAGAUUUUGGACUGGCAAAGCUCUUAGGUUCAGAAGCAAGCUAUGUAACCACACGAGUAAUGGGGACAUUUGGAUAUGUAUCUCCUGAGUAUGCAAGCACGGGUAUGCUUAGUGAGAGCAGUGAUGUGUACAGUUUUGGUAUACUACUUAUGGAAAUAAUCUCAGGGAGGAGCCCAGUUGAUUAUUCUAGACCAUCGGGAGAGGUGAACUUGGUUGAGUGGUUUAAAGGGAAGGUAGCAAGUCAUUGCGCAGAAGAAGUGGUAGACCCUCUGAUUGAUGCUCAGCCCUCACCAAGAGCAUUGAAGAGGGUAAUGUUGGUUUGUCUUCGUUGCAUUGAUCUAGAUGCUAACAAGCGGCCAAAAAUGGGGCAAGUUGUACACAUGCUGGAAGCAGAUGAGUUUCCCUUCCGUGCUGAGCACCGGGCAGCCCGUGAAGCCCCCCUUCCUCCCCGACCAGGCCCUACUGUCACUGAUAGAGCACCGUUCUCGUUUCCAUCCAAAGCUGCAGGGGGAGGUGAUGUUGAGAGGUCAAGGUGAAGAUGAGUUGUCCGUUUGGGAAGUACACAACAGUAUAGGAAAAGGUGAAAUAAUUUUGUAGUUUGUAAAAAUUGCCAUUAAAUUAUAAAAUAAAUUCUUUUCACUCAUUAGUCACUUCAAUUAUUCUUGAGUUUAUUUAUCAACAGCAUUCCCUGUAAAUACAUUUCUGUUCUAUAUAAUAUGUGGCAUUCACCUUGGUUUUGCCUUUU